AUGGAAACCGGCGAGAACGCAAUUCAGAGACAAAGGCAAGUUCUCUUUUUCUUUGUUUUGCUGUGCAUGUCUAAGGCGGGUUCGGAACCCUGGAGGUUUUCUGUGGCAGAGGAAAUGGAGAGCGGCUCUUUUGUAGGCAACGUGGUUGAGGCCCUGGGACUAAAAAUGGGGGAGCUAUCCAAUAGGGGCGCCCGGGUCGUUUUCGAAGGAGACAGACAGUAUUUGCAGUUCAAUCAUAAAACCUGGGAUCUGCUUAUAAAAGAGAAACUGGACCGGGAGGAAUUGUGUGGGCCUACCGAUUCCUGCGUAUUGCCUUUCCAGAUCUUAUUAGAAAACCCAUUGCAAAUUUUUCUGGCUGAGCUGCUAGUGCAAGACAUAAAUGACCAUUCGCCUGUGUUCCUGGACGAUGAGAUGCUCCUGAAAAUCCCAGAGAGUAGUCUUCCGGGUAAAAUAAUCCGUUUAGACGGUGCUCAGGAUUUAGAUGCUGGGAUCAACAAUCUCCAAAACUACACCAUUAGCCCGAAUCCCUAUUUCCAAGUUCAAAUUCGGGCACGCAGUGAGGGCAGGAAGUACCCAGAGCUGGUGUUGAACAAAGCUCUUGAUCGAGAGGAACUGCCCGAGAUCCGAUUAAUUCUCACAGCCUUGGAUGGCGGGUCCCCGCCCAGGUCUGGGACUGCCCAAAUUCGAGCUCUCGUAGUGGAUGUAAAUGAUAAUGCGCCUGAGUUUGGGCAACAGAAUUAUGAGGUGAGGAUUCCCGAAAAUAGUCCCCCAGGCUCCCUGGUUGUAGAGGUACAUGCUGUAGAUUUAGAUACAGGAAAUUACGGAGAAAUAUUUUACACAUUUUCUGAUGCUUCCGAGGAUAUUCGCAAAACUUUUAAGAUAGAUGGAUCUUCAGGUGAAAUUUCAUUAAUAAAAACAGUGGAUUUUGAAGCAACUCAGUUUUAUGAAAUUGAUAUUGAGGCUACAGAUGGUGGAGGUCUUUCUGGGAAAUGUACAGUCCUAAUCCAUGUGAUAGAUCUGAAUGACAAUCUGCCUAAAUUGACUAUGUCCUCUAUUACCAACCCCAUCCCAGAGAAUUCACCUGAGACUGUGCUCGCUGUUUUCAGAGUUUCAGAUUUGGAUUCCGGGGAAAAUGGAAGGAUGGUUUGCUCCAUCCAAGACGACCUUCCUUUUGUCCUGAAACCUUCUGUUGAGAACUACUAUACUUUGGUAACACAGGGAGCACUGGACAGAGAGAGAAGGGCUGAGUACAAUAUCACUAUUACUGUUAUGGAUUUGGGGUCCCCAAGGCUCAAAACCGAACACAAUAUCACUAUACUGAUCUCUGACAUCAAUGAUAACCCUCCAGUGUUUACUCAGACAGCCUACAAAGUGUACCUCCAGGAGAACAACAGCCCUGCCCUCCACAUUGGCAGUGUCAGUGCCAAGGAUAGAGACUCCGGAAUCAAUGCCAAAGUCACCUACUCCCUCCUGCCCCCAGAGAAUGGAGACCUGCCCCUCUUCUCCUACAUCUCCAUCAACUCAGACAAUGGCCAUCUCUAUGCUCUGAGAUCCCUGGAUUAUGAAACCAUUCAAGCUUUCCAGUUCACUGUGAUAGCAGCUGAUGGUGGUUCCCCAUCUCUGAGCAGCCAGGCUUUGGUUGAGGUUGUGGUCCAGGAUAUGAAUGACAACUCUCCCUUUGUGCUGUACCCCCUGCAGAAUGGCACAGCUCCCUGCAAUGACCUGGUGCCCAGGGCUGCAGAGCCAGGUUACCUGGUCACUAAGGUUGUGGCUGUGGAUAGAGACUGGGGACAGAAUUCCUGGCUUUCCUACCAGCUUCUCAAGGCCACAGACCCAGGACUCUUCACUGUUUGGGCUCACAAUGGGGAAGUUAGAACAGCAAGAGCCAUCAGUGACAGAGAUGCCAUCAAGCAGAGGCUCCUGGUUCUGGUGAAGGACAAUGGGCAGCCUCCUCUGUCCACAGCAGCCACACUGAAUGUUCUCCUGGUGGAUGGCUUCUCUGAGCCCUACAUGCAAUUCCCAGAUGCACCUAAGGAGCCAAUCCAGACUGAGUCCCUCACUCUUUAUUUGAUUAUUUCUCUGGUUUCAGUGUCUUUUCUAUUUCUGGUCUCUGUUAUCCUUUAUAUCACCAUAAGACUGUGGAAAAGAAAGACGGGUGGAAGAAAUGAUCACCUUCCGUCUAGUGUCCCUUUCCCAACUUAUUUGGGGGAUGUCAGUGGUACUGGGACCUUGUCUCAGAGUUACCAGUAUGAAGUGUGUCUGACCAGUGAUUCAGGGACAAAUGAGUUCAAGUUCUUGAAGCCAAUUAUUACCAAUUUCCCUCUUCAGAAAUCUGGGAGUGACAUAGAGGAAAAUCAAACAUUUUGGAACAAUAAUUAG